AUGCGACAAAUCGACAACCUCCCACGUAGCACAAGUCGUGGCAUUGCCGCCGUUAGCACUCCAUUAACAUUGCAAGCACUAGACACAAUAAAAACCAAGACGGCGGCAAUGGAAAUGCAACAAAGACAAAAAGAACAGCAACACGACGCCGCUGAUCAAACGAAACGAAAUGAUGUGCAUUAUUUGUUGAAACAGUUAAAUAGUUUUAGUGAUAUAGAAGAAAUAGAAAUUGUUGAUAUGAAGCAAAGAGAGCAGCAACAGCGACAACAGCAGCAGCAACAAAAGCAGCCGCAGCAGCAGCAGCAGCGGCAACAACGCACAACCAAAGCCGCUGCAGCCAGCUCCUUGGAGCUGAUGCCCAUGUCCUCAUCCAUGCUGCCCAUACCGGGCUCUCCGUCGACUCAGUCGCACAAGGGCAACUUUAUGGUGGGCAACGGCGAGGGCAGCGAUGCGGCUGUUGCACGUCUGCAGUUCGAUGAUUAUUUAUUUGAAUCCUGCCAUUACCUGGAGACAAACUACUUUGCCGCUACCUAUCGCACUGCCAUGGUCGAGAGUUGCUCCCACGAGUUUCGCCCCUCGACCACAACGCCAACGAGCACACGAUCCGAUUGCUUUGAGCUCCACGAACUGGAGCCACCAAGUGUCAUUUGCAAGGCAGCUCCACCACCGCUGAUGGCAUCUCCAUCACCGCCGCCGUAUCAAGCGGAGGUGCGCAUGACCACCAGCGGUGUGCAGACCGAACUGACGGUCGAUUCGUUGGCGCAGCUCAGUCACAAUGGCAGCUCGGGCAGUUCGGGUUCAGGUGGCAGCGGCAGUAGCAUGCCACGUGUGCCGCCCUUUUUUCAUAUGCUGUUACACGCCCAUCGAUCGAUGGCGUGCCAGGCGAAUGGGCGCGGCACAGCGUGCCGCCGCCAAACAUGCUGGCAACCCAGAGAAGAAUGGACAUGCUGUCUGACAGCCGACAAAUAAAACUGACAGCCAGCCAAGGCAAAGACUCACAUCAUCUGACAGUCUCACCGAGAGAAAGAAAGAGAGAGUAGAGUGCUGUGUGCUAUUUCAUUUGCGAUAUCAACAAGAGAUUCCAUUUCGAAGACAGUCGUUUAAUAUAAUUACUUACAAUCACACACAAACGUACACGAAUCAUCCAGAACACUUGCGAGAUGCGCAACGAGUGCACUUUCUUAACGAAUGAUUAAAAGAUACAGACAGAUGAUGUUAUAAAAAAAGGAAAAGGUGAAUACAGUACUCCAAUUAACUGUAUCCGUGAGUCCUUCGUUUAUUAAAAACACUCGUUGCGGUUCGUGCAAAUAUAUUUCCGUUUCAGAACUCAAUUUACAGAAACUACACAAAAGUAACAAAGUCAGCAGACAAUAUUUACCAUUCUUCAAAGAAUUCUAUAAUCAAUUCUGUUGGCUAGUUUGAUUUUAUGCCUUGCAUGAAUAAUAACUGCCAAGUUUGAAAGCUCUACUUCUUAUAUUUGCUGAGAUGAACGUGUUUAAACAGACGGACGGACAGACAGACAGAUCAUACAUUUUUUUUUGUAGCUUUGUUCCCCCAUUUUCAGAGGGCACAGGGUAGAAAUAGAAUGAAUGGAAAAUACAAUAAACAAUUUGAUAGACUAAAAUCGCAAAUCAUUUCGAAAGUGUUGUAUAAAUAAUGAAAUGCAAAAAUUUAAACGAUAUGUAAUAAUAAUAAUAAUAAUUAAAUUGUAAUUGUUUCAAUAAACUAAAAUACCAAUAAUAUGAAAUGCUAAAUAUUGUUAACGAAAAAGCGCAAACCAAAAGCAAAAACCAAAUUGUAGCCAGCAGCAGAGCAAAGUUUGCGAAUUAAAAAAAGACAUGAGACAGUGAGAGCUUGUAUAGUAAGUUGUUAAAACAAAUAAUUGCAAAAAACCAAAACGCAUAAUUAAUAAUACUAAUUUGUUAACUGAACCGAAGAAGCGUAGACGCCAAAUCCAAUUUGAUAAUGUCAAUUUUUUUAUGUAUCAUUUCUUGUGUCCGUAUCGUCUGUAAGAUAAUCCUCCAAAAAUAUCAUAGAAGAAUUCAUUUUGAUUUCCAUUGAAACCAACACACACACAUGGCAAUUGUUACAUCAAUUAACACACUAUAUAGCAUAACAAUAUUAUUUUCUUUGUUAUACAAAAUAUGGAAUUGUUAGAAUUAAAUUUUCAGUUGUCCCUUUGUUUAAAUUAGUUACUUUGUGAAGUUACACCCCAGAAGCAAUAUUAGUUUUAUAUUAAACUUGUAAAACAUGUAGAACUUGUCAAUUUUGUUCGUAAUGCAAGUAAACUAUAUUCCAUGAAUUAACAUAAACAAAAAUAUAUAACAUAUAAAUACAUAAACAUAAUAUCACUAAGCUUAAUGAUGAAAUCGACACGCGCUUCAGUUGAACCGAUUUGAAACACAAUAAAAACUAAAUUGAUUUAAUUGAUGAGUUUUAUUGAGUUAAAUGAAAUACGAAAUACAGCCUUACAUUUUAAUUGGGCAUAUCAAAACUAUGCUAUCACAAACAUUAUUGGAAAGCUAGCAAAUAGUGAAAGUAAUUUCAGGUUUUUCAGCUCAGUUCUUCCAAAAAAAACAACACACAAAAACCAACUUUAAUAAUUAAUAAAUGAUACGAGCAAAUGAUAAACAUAAUAUGAUAAAUAAAAACACACUCAAAAGAAACCAAACAAAUGCCUUUUACAUGCCCACUCGUACACUAAUGGUAAAUAAAAAAUAUAAAUACAAAACGAAAUGAAAUAAAACAUCAAAUAAAAAUAAAAAAAACAACAUACUCUAAGCUAAGCAUUAAAUGAAACAACAUGUUAAUCGAGCAUAAUAAUCGAUUGGGAGGGGAAGACGUUCAGUUAAAUUUCAUAUAAAUUAAUGUGCAAUAUUAUUAACAACAUGUUGACUGUUGAACGAAUGAAUGAAUGGCAUAACUUGUUGAAACAAACAAUUGUUAAUUGUGGCUAGAAGUUAGCAAUUAAAUAAUAUCUAUUGUUGUAUGUUUUAUUCUGAUGCGCACGAAAUAUAAUAUAACUAAUAAUAAUAACUACAAUAAUAAAUAAACUAAUUCAUACAAAAUACAAAUUACAUGCAAUGAAAAAAUGUAGCUAAUGGUAAAAUUUUUGUAAACUUUUUGAUAUGUGAUGAUGAUUUGAAUAAAUUAAAACCACAAAAAACAAAAAAUGAAUAUGAGAAUAAUAAAAAAUUGCAUAACUUAGCCAUAGAUAUUUAAACUAAUACCAAAAAAAAAAAAACAUAAAAUUGAAAAAAAAUGUAGCGCAACGCAAAUUUAGAGCAUAAUUAAUAUGAACAAAAAUGCUAGUUAAAGUAUGUUAAGGGAAAUGGAGAAAUGAAAAACUUGUUAUACAAUAAGUGUAGUCUCGGCAAGCCGAUGCACAUCGCUGGCCCCUCCCCUCUCCUGUUCCGGAUCGGGUAUUAAAACAGAUCUUUUGAUUUGUAUUGAACGAUUGUUCUGUAAUUAAUCGAAAGUGUUUCGUUUUCUUUUUUUUUUUAAUUAAAGUUUCAAAUUGUGCAGGAUAUUGAGGAGGGGCUUUAUCUAGCAAUAUUCAUGGCAAUUCAAUUGUAUUAACGACAUUGAUAAAUCUGAAAGUGUAAGCAAAUAAUUUAGCGAGCAUUUUGUAGGAAAGUGUAGUUAAAAACUAUAUAUAUAUAGACAUAUAUAUAUAUAAUAAUUAUUAUCAAAUUGAAUAGUAAAUUUAUGUGCAUAAGUAGCGAAAUAUUCAAUUGUAAAUAUAUUUUUAAUGUACACGAUAUGUUUUUCGGUUUUUCGACCAAAACUAACAAUUGUUAACGAAGUUAAUUUCCACUAUUGCAAUAUUAGAUUCAUUAUCAUUUGGUCUCUAACAACAAAUUGUUGAAUAACAAAUUGACACACCCCAUCACCAUGAUUCACACACACACACACACACACACACACAUUUACACACGAAAAAGCUUUAAAUAAUUUAAUUACAAAAUACAUUAUAAAUAUGAACAGUAAUAAUUUUGAUAUCAUUAUCAUUGAUAAAUUCCAUUGUAGAUACGUACUUGUAUUGAGACAAAUUAAUAAAUUAAUUAAUUAACUAGCCAGCUAAGUCAAUGUCGCCUAAUGUGAGUUCUAUAAGCAUAAAUAAAAACAAGUACAUAUAAUAUUACAAUAAUUAAAAACACUCAUACACAUUCACACAUUAAAACUACAACCAAAAAAAAAACGCAACUACUUUUCAAAUAAAAGCAAAAACAAAACCUAAAAAAAUUUAUAAAAAUAAAAUACAUACAUAUAUGCAAAAACUGAAACAGGCCAGAAAAACCACAAAAACACUCGACGACACUCAACAUCCACAACAAGAAAAACAACUGACAAAACACAAAGCUUUUAUAAAACUAUUUGAAUAUAUAUUAAAAAGAAAAAACAAAAAAAAAAAUAAUAA